CUGUUGGGCUGCCUGGGUUAUGGCUUGUUUUGGCCGUCUGCGUUCAGUGAAUGCUGCCUUGGUCAAAAGGAGAAGGCGGGUUUGUUCCAGACCGUGAACUACACAUAAACGCACCGGUUCUGUUUGGGUUUUAGUUAAAAUACUUGUGGUUUUUCUUUCUCUCCUUUCCCCAAAAUGUUUUCCCUUUGCCUAGAAUGACAAAAGUGGACAUCAAGAAUUACCUUGAAAAAAUAUACAAUGUGCCAGUAGCGGCGGUGAGGACUAGGAUACAAUAUGGUGCGCACAACAGGAGGAACCACAAGAAUCAGAGAGUGAAGAAGCCGGAUUACAAGGUCGCCUAUGUACAGCUGGGCCAAGGACAAACCUUUCAGUUUCCCAACCUAUUUCCAGAAAAAGAACAAACCCCAGAAGCUCGCUCUUUUGAUGACUUCAAGAAUAAAUAUCUCAAGAAAGAGGAGCAGAGGCAGAGAGGUGACCCCAGACGAGGUGGAGUCCCCGAUUGGUUUGGACUUUGAUGCAACAAGCCAGCUGCCUUUUUUAGGCUCAGAGGGAUUUUAAUCAGCAGAACUUGCACUCUCCUCUUCUUGUAAUGACCAAGGGUUUAUUUUUGAGCGGCCCUUGUUAGCGUGUCUUUUUACCUGGCUAUUUGUGCACGACUACAACAAAAUGGCCCAAAAGAAAUAAAAAGGUAAAAUAAAUCUGACUGCAUCAGA